AUACAAAUGGGCGGAUUAAUUACUCUGGGCGAGACUGCGUUAUCUUUCGUAGUGAGGGGGUUAUGUAAUAUCCGCUGUAGUUAGUGAGAGUGUGAUAGUGGAGUUUCCUCACAGUGACAGUAACUGUCUCUGGAUCACCCGCUCUUCCCCUCCCGUGGGUGACGUGCAGAAUGUAAACUACAGUGAACCAGGAACAUCUCACACUCAGCAGGAAAGCGCUCGGGCUGCAUAUGGUGGCUGGAACAAGCUCGUGCUCAUUCUGAAGGACUGGGAUCGAAUUAACUGCAGGACAAUGGCUGUAGCAUUCACUUCACAUCUGGCUCCUAUUAGGAAAAGCAGCCGGGUGUUUUUUUCUCUCAACUCCUACAUCCACAGCAGCAGCGGACUGGCCUCCAAGGAACACUACAAGAUCGUUGUGCUUGGUGGAGGAAGUGCUGGCAUUACGAUGGGCGCCCGCAUGAAAAGAAAAGUUGGUGCAGAGAAUGUUGCCAUUGUGGAACCCAGUGAGAUGCACUAUUACCAGCCAAUCUGGACCCUUGUUGGGGCAGGGGCUAAAAGUAUUAACUCAUCCGGACGCCCCACCUCCAGCGUGAUGCCCUCAGGAGUUAAAUGGGUCAAGUCCAGCGUCAUGAAGAUUGACCCCAAAAAACAAAAUGUGUCCUUAGACUCUGGCAAAGAACUUUCCUAUGACUUUCUGAUUGUAGCACUUGGCCUCACGCUUCACUAUGAGAAGAUCAAAGGCCUACCUGAAGCAUUUGAACAUCCUAAGAUUGGCUCCAACUACUCACUGCAGACUGUGGAGAAGACGUGGAAGGCAUUACAGGACUUCAAGGAAGGAAAUGCUAUUUUUUCUUUUCCCAACACUCCAGUCAAGUGUGCAGGAGCUCCUCAGAAGAUCAUGUACCUUUCUGACGCCUACAUGAGAAAGACAGGAAAGAGGGCUAAAGCCAACUUUGUCUACAACACGUCAUUGCCAGUGCUGUUCGGAGUGAAGAAGUAUGCUGAUGCCUUGUGGGAAAUUGUGAAAAAACGUGACAUAAAUGUGAACCUCAGACACAACCUAAUUGAGGUCAGACCAGACAAACGGGAAGCUGUAUUCGAGAACCUUGAUAAUCCUGCGGACACAAAGGUUUAUGAGUAUGAGAUGCUCCAUGUUACCCCUCCUAUGGGACCACCUGCAGUGCUGAAAGGCUCUUUACUGGAGGACGGGGCAGGCUGGCUGGACGUAAACAAGGACACCCUUCAGCACAACACAUACAGUAAUGUUUUUGGAAUCGGAGACUGCACCAAUGUACCAACUUCAAAAACUGCUGCUGCUGUGGCUGCCCAGUCUGCUGUCCUCGACAGAACCAUUACCAAAGUAAUGAAGAACGACAAGCCUGAUAAAAAGUAUGAUGGCUACACCUCCUGUCCUCUGGUCACAAGCUUCAACACAGUUAUCCUGGCAGAGUUUGACUACACUGGACAGCCUUUGGAAACCUUCCCUGUGGAUCAGAGCAAAGAAAGUAGAAUCAUGUAUCACAUGAAAGCAGACCUGAUGCCCCAUCUGUACUGGCAUGGUCUUCUCAAGGGGCUUUGGGGAGGCCCAGGACCAUACAGAAAAAUCAUGCAUCUUGGGAUGAAAUAGACUCUGGGCCUUCGAAAGGAAUCAGCAUUGCUAAUAUGAAACCAUGCUCUGCUCAGAUCUGAUCGUAACAUUGUAGGUAAAUAAUAACAAUUACUGUGGUUAUUUACUAAGAAAUGUACUUACAUUAUAUGACCAAAUGUUUAAUGAUUCCCUUUCCAAUUAAUGCAUUUAUUUCAAAAGCAUACACAUAUAGCGUAUCUAGGCCCUACAGAGACCAUGCUUAUUGCAGUCACAGGCUGUCUGGAACGAUGGUCCUCCAUCCAGUACUUUUAGGUUGAGGAUAAGGUGGGGUGGUGAUGAUGAACAGGUGUCACAAUACUUUUGGUCACAUAGUGUACCUAACUCAUUCUCUUGAUGUUAAAUAUGCAGUAUAUUGUGAAAGUUUAAAAGUACUAAUUAGGACGAUUACUGUUUAUUUUAAUGAUAUGGUAACUUUUAAGGAUUUACCAAAAAUGAUACAUUCUAAAAAAUAGUUGUAAUCAUUUUCUAGCUUGUACAGAUUGCUGAUAAAACAUUUUCAAGAUAGCAAUUUUAUUUUUCGACAUCUUGAAGCACUUUAUUUUUUUGCAUUUUUGGAUAAUAUUAAUGAUCAAUGACCUACUGUUCAAAACUUAGAGAUGUGCAAAAUAAAGUGAUAAAAGUGACACAAGCAGUGAAUUAGCAUUUGCAGAAAGUGCAUUUACCGGACCAGUUUCACUUUUUUAAAAUGAAGCAAGGACCAGGGAAGACAGACUUCCUCAAAUGAACAAAUAUUAGAGCUCCCAUUAGAAGCUGUGCUUUGUGAAUAAUAAAUUAUUUGAAAGUACUUGUCAUACAGUUUUUGCAUUCAAAUGGUGCUGUGUCGCAUCUCAUCCUUGAAAUGUGGCUUCCCUUUGUCUACUUCAGUAAUAAAUUCAUUUAACAGUUUAA